GGGGAAGAAAAGAGAAUAUGGAGUAAAAAGAGGAAAUAUUGGAGAAGAAGAGAAAAUAUUGGGGAAGAAAAGAGAACGUGGAGGGAAAGGAUGAGAUAUUGGAGAAGAAGGGGAAAUAUUGGGGAAAAAGAAAAAAAAAUUGGAGAAGAAAAUAACGGAGAAGAAGAGGAAACGUUGGGGGAGAAAAGAGAAUAUAAAAGAAAAAGAGGAACUGUUGGAGAAGAAGAGAGGGAAGAUGGAGGCAGCGGUGCGGGGCGCAGGGCCGGCUCGGCAGUGUGGGCGCGUGCCAAGGGAGGAGGGCGGGGGGGGGCAGGGGGGGGCAGGGGCGGCCCCACAUCCCCAAUCCGCCGCCGCUGCCCCCGGUGCCCCCUGCCCGCCGCGGGCAUGCAGGGCAUGGAGCUGUGCGCCGUGGCCGUCGUCAUCCUCCUCUUCAUCGCUGUCCUGAAGCAGUUCGGCAUCCUGGAGCCCAUCUCUGUGGAAGGUAACCCCGACUCUCCCCCCUCCCCACGAUGGCACGGAGGUCGUUUUUGGGGUGCCCACCCCACGCCGCCCGUAGGGGAUGUCGUCUGUGUUGGAUGCGUGGACUUUUUGGGGUGGUUCUUUGGAAUGUCCGUGGUGGAAUGCAGAGGUUUUGGGGCGUCCCUUUGUGCCAUGUCAUGGCCCUGCUCUCCCACCACGCUGCGGGAUGUUAGGGGGCUCUGAGCCCAUCUCCGCCCCUGAGAUGGCACAGCGUGGACCCACAAACCCACAGGGACCCCCAAGACCCCCCGAGAUGGCACCUCCACACCCAAAAGCUGCACAUGGGGGUGCACAGCAUUUAUCCCCCCUCCCCAUUCCCAUCCCAUCUUCCCCAUCCCGAAGUUCCUGCUCUUCCCCGCUCAGCGCUGAGCCGCUCCGCAGGGGCUUCACGGGGCUGAAAACAUUAAUGGGCAUCAUUUAUUAAUUACCUUCCGGCAGCGCGGAUGGCCGGGGCGGGGGCGGCUGCAGGAUGCGAUGCGGGUGGGGAUCUGGGCAGGGGCUGCUGGGGAUGCUCUACGAUGUUCCAGAAUGCUUUGGGAUGUGCUCGGGGAUGACUGGAGAUUCUUGGGGACGCUCCGGGAUGCUUUGGGAUGCUCUGAGAUUCUCCAAGAUCCUACAGAACGAUCCGGGAUGCGCCGGGAUGCUCCGAGAUGCUCUUGGGGAUGCUCUGGGAAGCUGCAGGAUGCUUGGGGUCAAUCUGAGAUGCUCCAGGAUGCUCUGGGAUGCUCCGGGAUGCUGCAGUAUGGUUGGGGAUGCUCUAAGAUGCUCAGGGUUGCUUUGGAAUGGUCAGGGAUGCUUUGGGAUACUCUGGCAUGCCCCAGGACGAUGCAGGACGCUUGGCGGUGCUCUAAGAUGCUCAGGAAUGUUUUGGGAUGCUCCAGGAUGCUUUGGGAUGUUCCAGGGCGGUCCAGGAUGCUGCAGUAUGGUUGGGGAUGCUCUUAAGAUGCUCAGGGAUGCUUUGGGAUGCUCCAGAAUGCUGCAGGACGCUCAAGGAUGCUUUGGGAUGCUCAGGGAUGCUUUGGGAUGCCAAGGGAAGCUCCAGAAUGUUUCACGGUGCCUGGGGGUGCUCGGGGGUGCUCUGACAUGCUUGGGGAUGCUGCAGGACGCUCUGAGAUGCUCCAGGAUGCUGAAAUAUGCUCGGGGAUGCUCCAGGAGGCUGUGGGAUGCCCGAGGAUGCUUUGGGAUGCUCAGGGAAUCUCCAGAACGUUUCAGGGCGCCUGGAGAUGCUUUGGGAUGUUCUGGGGUGCUUGGGGAUGCUUUGGGAUGCUCCAGGAUCGUGUUGCUGGAGCAGGCACAGCCCAGCAGCUCCCGAGAACCCCCCCAAGUGCAAAAGGAGCUGUUUCCUCCCUCGCUCGGGUUGCGAAACCCGGAGUUCGCAGCGGCUGCAACCACCGGGGGAGCUCCGCAUCGCGACAGGGAAAGCCGCCGGCUUCGGGGAUUCCCGUUGUGCUUCCGAGCGCUGCCAGAUCCGGGAUGA